AUGCCGGAAUCCGACCUUAAGCGAAAGCGCGCCCGAGUCGCAUGUGAACCAUGCCGGGAGCGCAAAAGAAAAUGCGACGGCGCCGAGCCUUGCACUACUUGCCGUCAAUGGGGCUACGAUUGUCACUACAAACGUCAAACACCACAGAAGCGCCAUGCUCACCAACAGCCUCCGAGUGAAGACUCGCCAACGCUAAGGCCCCCACAGCAGAUUGAGUCAGUGGAUACGCACGGGCUGGAUCGUCGAUUGUGGGCAAACUCCGGUGCAGCAUUUGUUCGGAGAAUGGGCCUAAAUAUUGAUCCUGCGAAAGCACCAAAACUAAGCCUCUUUGGUUGGAAUAUUGGAAAGCGACAACUAUCAUCUGAAUCUCAGGUCGUCCACCCCGUGCUGUCAAUUACAGAUAUCACAUCCUUGCAACACAUGAGGACCCUUGCUCAGGUCUACUUUGCCAAGAUCGGUCCAUGCUAUGGGUUUAUUGAUUCAUUUCGAUUUUAUGAGCGGCUGGAUGCUAGAUGGCAGUCUCCUACAGGGAGUGAUCUAUAUGACAGUGUUCUCGGUGGUGUCGCUGCACUAGGUUGUUUGUUUUCCCAGCGAAACAUGACUAUCACUGAAUUACAUCUUGUCGGAUCGGCACUUUCUAUUCUCGACACGCACGUUUUGACUGGUACUCCUCCCGUCGACCUGCUUCUUGGAUGGACGUUGCGAGUCAUCUACAUGCGAAUGACAGAUCUACCCCACUCAACAUGGAUGGCGAGUUCGAGGUUGAUGCAUCUGGUGGAAGCUGCGGGAUUCCAUUUAGAGUCCACUGAUUCGGUCUUUCCGCGCAGUAUUGACGCGGGGUUUGAUCGAAACAUCCAAAGACGACUCUUCGGCGUGGCACUACAUCUUAAUUUGUGGACAUCCUAUGAUCUCGGUUUAUCAAGAGUGACCUUUCAAAAGAAUGAUUUGCCAUUGCUUCCAUCGACCAUUGAGGGCGAUUACACGCAUGAGGUGCUGGGACUUCUUCCAUUAUCGGCGAGCCUAGACCCAGGAAAGCCGAAAGAAGAUGAGAUGAAGCUUGAAGACACGCUUUCUCAGAUCCUAGAAAGAGUUCAUAAAGAGCCUCCCUCAACCAUGGCGCAAUGCAAUCUUGUGCUUUGCAUUCUGCGCAGAAUCCAUACACAGAAUCUUGAAAUAUCUCCUCGUCUCGCAGAGAAAGCCUUGUCGUUACUGAAGAAGGGACUUACUUGCUCACGCACUAUGGUAAGUGACUGCAGUCCCUGGCAACAUAUGGCAAAUGUACCUUUCCACAUCAUAUGUGUCUUGCUCGUGAUGGACACACGGCAUUCACUAGCGAUGCUCCCCGAAGCAAUGCAUACAUUGAAGCUCGUUACAUCCACUUACGAUACAAAUACCAUGAGAGAAGCUUGGAGCGCGGCUCUCUUGCUAGUCAUGCUGCAUCAACAGCGGAGGAAAGAUGACAUUGCAAUCUUCAAUCACGUCAUGAAUAUGGAGGAGCAGGAAAAUCCAGCUGGACCACCCUUGCAAGAAUUUCCAAGCGCCGAAGAGUAUUCAUGGCUAGGUGCUUUAGUCGCUGAUCUACCUAGUUUGCAAAGGGAUGACCUUGAUCAAUUUCUGAAUUCGGAUAUGAUUGAUAGUACAAGUUUCUUGGGUGGAUCCGGAUGA